GCCCAUCUCGUGACUCCCAUCCAAAUCUCUUUAAAUCUCUCCGAGGGGAGAGGGAAUGGGAGGGAGACCUGACCUCUACGGCCUGAGCACAGCUGUUAGGUUUAAGGAGACCCGUAGGCACUUAGGGAGAGCUGACACCUGCGGGGGCUGCUGGGCCUGCUGGAGAAGGCGAGAGCAGGGAAACUCAGCCCUCCCGGGGGCGCUGGGCUCGGGACUGAGGCCGAAGACGCGCCGAGAGGGAAGACUGGCAGCUAGAUCCUCCCCUGGGGACGUGGGGCGGCCAGGCCCGCGCGGCUCGGGUGGGCGCUAUCCGUGUGCCCGCUCUGCCCCCGCCCGGCCUCUCCCGCCCGGCCCCGGCCGAGGCCCCGAGCGGACCCCGGGCGAGCGGGGCGCGCCGCGCCGCCCGCCGCCAUGGAGUCAGGGCCGCCUGGCGGCUCCGGGCCCGCGGAGCCGGGGCCUCGCCUGCGUGGCUUGCGCGGCGCGGACGCGGCGGCCUCGGCCUCCUCGCUGAGCCGCUUCGGGGCCGAAGCCGGGUGUCGCGCGCCGGCUGUGGCGGCCGUGUUGCCGGCGGGGGGUAGCGGGGAGAGGAUGGGCGUCCCCACCCCGAAGCAGUUCUGCCCCAUCCUGGAGAGGCCGCUCAUCAGCUACACCCUGCAGGCCCUGGAGAGAGUAUCUUGGAUAAAGGACAUUAUUGUGGCAGUAACUGGAGAGAACAUGGAAACAAUGAAGGGAAUUAUUCAGAGGUACCAGCAUAAACGUAUCUCACUGGUUGAAGCUGGAGUGACCCGCCACAGGUCAAUUUUUAAUGGUCUGAAAGCACUGGCAGAGGAUCAACCCAACUGUAGACUCUCAAAGCCAGAAGUAGUGAUCAUCCACGAUGCUGUGAGACCAUUUGUUGAGGAAGAUGUCCUCCUUAAAGUUGUCACAGCUGCUCAGGAACAUGGGGCCUCAGGAGCAAUCCGACCUCUUGUAUCUACUGUCAUCAGUCCGUCUGCAGACAGCUACUUAGACCACUCACUGGAACGUGCCAGAUACAGGGCAAGUGAAAUGCCACAGGCCUUUCUAUUUGAUGUGAUCUAUGAAGCAUAUCAGCAGUGUAGUGACUAUGACUUGGAAUUUGGAACUGAGUGUUUGCAUUUGGCUCUAAAAUACAGUCAUAUCAAAGCAAAACUUGUGGAAGGAUCCCCUGACCUCUGGAAGGUGACCUACAAACGAGAUCUGUAUGCAGCUGAAUCGAUUAUUAAGGAAAGAAUUUCACAAAAAGUUUGUGUAGUUAUGGACACAAAAGAAGAUGAAGAACAUGUAGGUCAUUGUCUUGAAGAAAUGCUAAAAACUGAAUUAAAUCAUGUAAAAGUCACAUCUGGCCAAGAUCUUCAGCAAAUCAUCUUAGAGCAAUGCUACAAUUUUGUUUGUGUGAAUGUUAUGACCUCUGAUUUUGAAGAAACCCAGAGGUUACUGAAUAUGCUGGAAGAGAGUAAUCUUUCCAUUUUAUAUCCUGUUGUGGUUAUUUCAGUACAUUUUCUUGAUUAUCAAUCAGUACCAUUUGGUCAGAAAAUGGAAAAGGUAAUGCAGAUUAGAGAGUUUGCCAAGGAAGUGAAAAAAAGAAAUAUUUUAUUAUCUGGCCUUCUCAUAUAUUUCCCACAGGUAGAGAACAACAGAGGUUUGGAGGAACAGAAGCUACGGGAAAGUUUAAGGCAAGGCGUCACCAUUAUUGCUGCCUUAAUCAAAGAAAGAAAUUCUGGACUCAUUGGUCAACUGCUGGUAGCAUAAAGAACAUGGAGGAAAUUACCUGCUGUGUUCUUAGAAACAUUCCCCUAAGUAUUUCUUUCCCUCCAAAUUGUAUAUGGUAGAAUGUUGAAGUUGUCUUUUAUAAUUUGUAGGAUGUGAUGCUUGCUGCUGCUGCUAAGUCGCUUCAGUUGUGUUCGGCUCUGUGCGACCCCAUAGACGGCAGCCCACCAGGCUCCCCCGUCCCUGAGACUCUCUAGGCAAGAACACUGGAGUGGGUUGCCAUU